UUCUUCUCCUUCUUACCAAAAAAUGAAGUAAAAUUCAAACUCCUAAAAAGAAAAAAAAAAAAGGAGAAAAAGGAAAAGAAAUUCAAACGUAAGAAUCCAAUCCUCUUCCACUGAACAUGUUAUUGUUUCUGAAAUUUAUAUAAAACUUUGUUUUAAGUUUGGUUAGAAUCGGAAAAGGAGGAAGAAGCAAGAAAACGCCCUCGGUUCUAGUACUACUAGCACUACUGCCUCCUCUCUAGAUCUUACUGAUUCUUGUCCAAUCGGCGACCUCUUGAUUUGGGCGUAUACUUGUCGAUUAUAAUUCCACUGAUCCUACCAGGAUCCGAUGUUUCUGGAUUGAAUCACUUAAGCCAUCAAUUAUUGGUAUCCCAAUUGUAGUGUAUCUUCCAGGUUCUCUUUGUUCUUCAUAGCAAAGAAAAAUGCAAUCUUAUCUUGGCAAGUUAUUCAUUGGUGGAAUUUCUUGGGAUACCACUGAAGAGAAUCUAAAGGAGUAUUUUAGCACUUAUGGGGAGGUUUUGGAGGCUGUAAUUAUGAGGGAUAGAUCGACUGGGCGUGCCCGUGGUUUUGGUUUCAUAGUGUUUGCGGAUCCUGCUGUUGCUGACAGAGUGAUUACGGAGAAACACAACAUUGAUGGCAGGAUGGUUGAGGCAAAGAAAGCUGUUCCCAGGGAUGACCAAAGCCCAAUGGACAGAAACAGUAAUAGCCUUCAGGGGUCUCCUGGUCCAGGGCGCACAAGAAAAAUUUUUGUUGGAGGCCUAGCAUCCACAGUGACCGAGGGUGACUUUAAAAAGUACUUUGAGCAAUUUGGAAUAAUCACAGAUGCUGUGGUAAUGUAUGAUCACAAUACUCAAAGGCCAAGGGGCUUCGGAUUUAUAACAUAUGAUUCCGAGGAUGCUGUGGAUAAAGUCUUGCUUAAGACUUUUCAUCAGCUGAAUGGUAAGAUGGUUGAGGUGAAGCGUGCAGUCCCAAAGGAGUUAACGCCAAGUCCUAUCCGAAGUCCACUAGGUGGAUACAACUAUGGAUUAAGUAGGAUUAAUAACUUCCUUAAUGGUCAUGCACAAGGAUACUCUCCAAAUACAGUUGGAGCAUAUGGAGUCAGCAUGGACAGUAGGUUCGGCCCCAUGGCUGGAGGUAGGAGUGGGUUUGCUCCAUUUGGUUCUGGUUAUGACAUAGGCCUCAAUUUUGAGCCUGGGUUGAGCCCAGGAUAUGGGGGCAGUGCAAAUUUAAAUAGAACUCUGAGCUAUGGACGGGGUUCCAAUCCUUAUUAUGUUUCUAACUCAAGUAGGUUCAAUGGUCCUGUUGGUUUUGAUGGAGGGAAUGGAGGAAAUUCUUCAUUUUUUAGUUCAUCUACUCCAAAUUUGUGGGGUACUGGUGGGUUAAACUAUGGAGCGAAUUCCAUAACAUCCAACAAUCUUGGGGGAUCCGGUAAUGAGAACAUUGGAGAGGGAGCACUUAACAACAGUAGAGUUUGGGGUUCCUCUACAAUUCCUUCACAGGGUGGAGGAAAUAUUUCCGGCCAAAGUGGAAAUCUCGGUUAUGGAGGUGCUGCUAAUUCUUUUGGUUUCACUGGAGGAGCUUAUGGAAGAAAUGUUGCAAUGAGUAAUGCACCUACAUCAUCGUAUGCUUCAUCAAAUGGUGGCUAUGAUGCAUCUUUUGCAGACUUUUACAGCACUGGUGGUUUGAAGUACCCAGAUCCGACAUGGCAUCCUGCCAAUUUAGAGCGAGAUGGAUCUGGUUCAUUUGGUUUUGCUCUAGGAAACUCACCUUCUGAUAUGCCCUCUCAAAGUUCUGCACAUUAUGCUGAUAGUUAUGGUGUUACAAAGAGACAGGCCUCCCAAGGUUAGCUUCUUGGUAACCCUUUAAAGGACUCGGUGGCUAGACAAAAAAACUGCAAAUCAGGAUGUUAUACAAGUUGAAGUUUGGUGUAACAAGUGAAGCUUAUAUUUUGCGUAACUUCCAUAGUAUAUAUAUAUAUAUAAGAUGAGAAGCUAAUGUGUUGGGAGAAUCCUUUGCAAGAGCUGACCAGCGUGGCUGUUUUGAAGUACUAGAGAUAGUAAGCUUACAGGGGGGUGGGGGGUGGGGAUUGUGUUAGGGGUUCGAGUUUUGUUUAGCAGUUCGAUUUUUUAUUUUUCUUUGUCACAGUGAGGUGUAAAAUCAGAUUGCGGGAUAUAGCGAGAAAUGUAUCAUACAUCUCAGGUGGGAUUGCGACAUGCAAGAAACAAUAGGUUUUAAGAUCUCCAUUGUUGCAUAAAAUUGUGGGAUUUAUCAGUGAAAUGACUGACUAAGCCAAGAGAGGCAAGAUUUGUUGUCCUUAUGAUUUGGUUUUUGUGGUUCCCCUUGGCCUUGGGGGGUUUUUGUUUCUGAAAUGGAUGUAUUGGUGGUUCUUGAACUGGUGUGAUGAUGAUAGAUACAUUUUAGGGAUAACCCACCUAGGGUUCCCAUCAAUAAUUCACAAUGUUUCUUCAUACUUUUGUACUGUGAAUACCUAAAUUUAAGGUAGCUUCUAUCUUUUGGAAUCUCUUUUUGAACAA